CAAGUUCAGCCUCGUUCAUUUGACCGCAUCAAUGGGUGUGUGUGGUUUCUGUUUCGUCCAGCAACGUAAAGCUACGUCGGACAGUGGCACAACGACCGGUGGCGACUUUGACCAUGGAGACGAGUCCUAUGGAAGAAGAGGAGUUUGUGGACGCGCAUCGUGCGGAGCUCAUUCAGAGAGUGACCAUGGUGAUGGCUGUGGCUGACGAGCUGCUGUCUCAGGGCAUGCUGCACAGAGAGCGCUACGCAGAGGUCCUGGCCUUGAGCACUAGGAACACCACCAUGCAGGCCAUGCGGCAGCUGGACGGGGUCGUGCACUCUGGAGGACCCGCCGUGAAGAGAGCCUUCUACACCGCGCUGCACAAACACGAGCCGUGUCUGCUCCAGAGCCUGAGAGAAGAGGUGCCAUCGAAGCGUCAAAAACUCUCAGGCUCAACGUGCUCCCUAUUGUCCGGUUACAAAGACUGGGUGAAGUCUGAGUUUGAGAAUGUUCAGGAGUACAAUUACCGAUUUGGUGAAGAGGUGCCGCUGUCCGAGCGCUAUGUGGAGCUGCUGAUUGUCCAGGAGCACAGAGAGCGGCCGGAGAGAGAGGAGGCCAUCUGGGCCACAGGAGAGAGGUUCCAGCAGGUCCGCAGCAAGAGGGUUCCCACCAGCGUGGAGAAGCUCUUCUGUCCAGACCAGCGCUCCUCCACCCCCAGAGUGGUGCUUCUCCAGGGCGAUUCGGGGCACGGCAAGUCCUUCACCGCCCAGAAGAUUGUGCACGACUGGGCGUCUGGGACGCUCUACGCAGACCUGUUUGAUCUGGUGCUGCUCCUGAGGUGUAAAGAGCUCAACCAGGUGACCGAGAUGAAGAGCUUUGUGGAGCUGCUGAACAUGGGCAAGGGGCAACUGCUGACCCAGGAGAUGCUGGAGACCGCGUCACACAAGCUGCUCAUCGUGAUCGAGGGCUUUGAUGAGCUGAGGCUUUCAGAAGAGAACACCUGCUCGUCUCCUAGCGAUGUGGUGACUCGCGCCCCUGUGCAGGCCAUUAUUCUGGGUCUGUUCAAAGGACACCUUCUCUCUGAUUCCUCUCUUUUGAUCACCGCCAGGCCCUCUGCCCACGACAGGUUACUUAAACUGGUCAAACGACGCCCCCAGCGAUUUGCUGAGAUCCUGGGCUUUGCGCAAGACAGCGUAGAGAAGUACUUCCGCAAGUUCUUCAGCGAUGAGCAGAGCUUUGAGCGAGCAUUCCAGUGCGUGCAGAAGAAUGAGGUGCUGCUCACGUCCUGCUUCAUCCCCAUCAUCUGCUGGACCGUCUGCACCAUCCUGCAGGAGAAGUCGGACGAGGGCGACGACAUCAUGAGAAGCCUGGAGACGACAUCCUCCAUCUAUUUGGAGUUUCUAUCCACGAUGCUGGAGCAUCAUCACUAUGGUGACACUCAGGAGGGAACGUCGUUGGUAAGAAGUCUCGGGCAGCUGGCUGAGAGCGGCAUGCUGGGUAAGAAGAUUCUGUUUGAUAAGCAGAGCGUCUCUAGAGUCGAGAGGGACCCUGCCUCCAAUCCAUUCCUGUGCAAAAUCCUGCUCAAGAAGCGAACGAGCGUUGAAACGUUUUUCAGCUUCAUGCAUCUCAGCUUCCAGGAGUUCUUCACUGCAGUGCACUAUGCCCUUGACUACGAGACUGAGGCCCAGGAGAAGGUCAAAGACCUCCUGCUGAAGAUGGAGCCGGGCAACCCGCUACACAAACACAUAUAUCUGUGGCCUGUCGUCCAGUUCCUGUUUGGCAUCGCUAACACAGCUCCUGACACCGAUGGACCGAUAGUUGCCAUGCCGCCUGACCUCGUGGAAGAGCUGAAGUCCUGGAUCACGAGGUACCCAGUAAAGCAGCCCGCCAUGCUUGAGCACACCUGGCUCUUCCUCCUCCACUGCCUCUGUGAGCUUCACGACGAGGCGUUUGUGCGGAGCGCCAUCGAGGCGUGGGGGGAGAUCCAUCUGAGCUUCCUGCCCCUGAAGAGGUCUGACUGGUGGGUGCUGCGCUACUGCCUCCAGAGCCGGCCCUCCAUCAGGAAGCUCCUGAUCAGCCACUGCCACCUGACGGGGCACCGUCUGAAGCUGCUGCUGCCUGUGCUCGCUGAUCUGCCCUGCCAGGAGCUCCGGCUGAACGUAAAGUCUCUGGUGGACGGUGACAUUGGUGACAUCGUUUCAACUCUGGGAAAGAAGACGGGCUUACGCUCACUCACAUUGGAUGUGGAUGAGAUAACCAACAGAGAUGGGAAAAACGUAUGCCUGGACCUGAACUUCAUGAAAACACCCAAGGCUUUCAGGUUUCACGUUAGGCACCGUCUCCCGACAGAACCAGUGGAGUUUACGAGACCAACGGCGCUGACUGACCCGGAGGACCCGGCGCUGACUGACCCGGCGGACCCAGCGGACCCGGCGCUGACUGACCCGGUCCUGACGGGGGUCUACAUGGUGCUGCCCCUCGGAGGGCACCUGGCGCGGGACUGGACGGCUCUGCUCCACCCAAUGCUCCUGCUCACGGACCUCACACAUGGGUCUCCAGGAGUGGAUGAACCUCUGAGCGCUGUGAUUGGCUUCCUCUGCUCUGUGCCCGCCCUCCAGGAGGCGGAGCUCCAGCUGAGCUGCCUGACUCGUGAUUGGGCAGCCAGGAUCCGCCCACUCAUGGAGGCCUGUCCCCACAUUAAGUUUGUGGUCCGUGUUGACCGGCUCCAAAGGUAUUCCCACGGUCUCCUGCUGGAGGAGGGCAUCAGGGCUCUACAGGAGCUCCACAAACCUCCAGGACGCUCUCUCACGGUGACCGGGAGGCGCUGUAACAAGCACACAGGCCGCUGCACUGACCCCAAGGACUUGGAGCGGGUCUGCAACCGGCCGGUGAGGCUCGUCUUCAAGGACCAGAGCCCUCCUGAACAGAUCUCUUUACAAGCAUCAAUAUUUUACGUCAACAGCAAAUGACCAAGGUUCAUACGAAUGUUUGAAAUCCUUGAACCGCUUGCAUUUUAAUGUUGUGUUUUAUGGUAUAUGAAUGUGGUUUUUAUUUCAGUUAAGCACAGUGUUACGCACAUUCUCCCACAUUCUCCCGCUUCACUUUCUCAUUGACCUUCUGAAUGACAUUGUGAAAUCCAGAAAUCCAGAACGAACACAAACCAGUAUUUUGCCAACAGUAAAAUGGUGUCAUUACAUAGCCUAGCAAAGAAUUGACUUUGAACAGGAAAUGUCACUUUUGCUUUUAAGUUUGUUUAUUAACAGUUAUGACAUGAUUGUUCCAAUAGCUGCUUCUAAUAAUAUCAAGUUAUCUAUGCUAACGAUUCUGUAGACAGACACCUGCAGCUUUAAUAGAGUAGAGAGACUGGCAUAACAAU